AUGAGCCAAUCAUUUCUAAACAACGACGUGCGACCACACGUCCAACUUAGAUCACCAUCGAUGAAUCUGAUACCUCGCCACUCAAUAAGCUCACCUGUAAGUUUGUCGAAUUAUCAUCCUCAAGGUAAAAUGUUCAAGAGUUAUCCUGAUAACCCGAAAUCGUUACUGAUAGACACAUCAAAGUCAUUGGGACAUAAUGCAGAUCCACAGUUGCCUCUGGCUUCUUCCAAAUAUCCAGCAACACCGUGGUCCUCUUCCUUUAUUGAGUCCAACAAACCAAGGAGGCUUUGGGUUAGGACUCCUUUGGGAAACCCAACCACUAUCCUAGCAUACAGCGAUAGUAUUGUUGAUGACUUGAAGUCGUUGAUUAUCGACAAGUAUCCAAACACGAUUGGAAGAUACGACGAUGCUGCGAACCUCGUGCUUAAACUAGAUUUGCUGACUACAAGAUCGCAGCAGGCACUUUCUACAUCGACAUCGACGAUAUCACCAAAUGUUAAGGGAAGAAAUAACGGGGGAACAACAAGUGGAGGAGCAGGUGGAGGAGCAGGUGAAAACUAUGCCAUCUUGGAGCCGGAUCAAAACGUGUGGCAACUUAUGGACACACAUUAUCCCCACGGAAUGACAAUGAAGGAUGCCUUGAUUAUUGAUGUUUAUUCUAUAGAGGGAGAAUCGCCCACUGAUCCUACCUUUGCAAAGCACCCUCAUCAGUAUCUCCAACAUGGCCGACUGAUGAGUUAUGAGAACAGAGGAGAGGGGUUUGAUGUUCCGCUUCAGUAUAGACCACAAUAUCAACAGCAGCAGCAACUUCAACAACAACAGCAGCAGCAGCAUUAUGCGCACCAGCCAACACCGAUACUGAGACAUUUUCCAAUAAAUAAACCGCAUCUUAGUGGUCAAAACCAUUUGCAUUUUGUUCCUGAAAGAUCUGUUUCUCCGUCGACUUUAGGCACAAAAGAUUCCUCAGUUUUAUCAGCACAGAAUCGGUCAAAUUCGACAACUGCCACUUCCCCGGUGCAUAAAGCUCAACCUAAUCCACAAGCUGUGCUAUUGUUGCCCAAAAAUUUCACGUUGAGCAGCACUUCUGGUAGUAGCCACAAUAACAAUAACAAUAACAACAACAACAACAACAACAACAACAACAACAACAACAACAACAACCUUAGCAAUGGGGGCGCUGGUGGUGGUCAGGGUAGAAAUUUAUCAUUACAAAAGGCAAAAUCUGCACCAAUUGAAGGUGCAAGCUCUGGAAAUGGCACAGAAAACCAAAGUAUCUCCCAAAAGAAUCAGGUGAUAGAUGAGGAAAACACCGAAGCCGAAGGUGAUUCGGAUAUCGGCACCGGAAUCAUGACACCAUCGCCAUCAGAAUCACUGGAAGCCUCAACUUUGAAAAACGAAGAAACUGGCGGAUCUUCAACUAAAGAGCCUAGCUCUUUUCCCUUAUCAUCUACACCACUGAAAAACAAUACUGGCAAGGGUGAGAAAAGUUCUGAGCAGAUUUCAUCAAUAUCAAAAACAAUUGCGUCGGCAAAGAGCAAUACAAAGUCGGAGAAAUCGGAUCCUGCUUUGGAUAAAGUACUUCCGUCUAUUUCGGUGCUUGUUGUUGAGGAUAACGCCAUUAAUCAAGCUAUUCUUGGUGCGUUUCUUCGAAAACGAAAAAUACAUUAUCAAAUUGCCAAGAACGGACAAGAAGCGAUUGACAAAUGGAAAAAAGGUGGUUUCCACUUGGUUCUCAUGGAUAUCCAGUUACCUGUGAAAUCCGGUAUUGAGGCGACAAAAGAGAUUAGACAUUUGGAGAGGCUUAAUCGAAUAGGUGUGUUUGAUGAGAAUGAUAUUAAGAAAAUAGCAAUGCAUGAAUUGAAAGAAGAAGAUAUGCUUGACUCAGAUAAGUUCCGAUCUCCAGUUAUUAUUGUUGCAUUAACUGCCUCCUCAAAUUCAUCUGUGGAUAGAAAGAAUGCAUUGACUGCUGGAUGUAAUGAUUACUUGACCAAGCCAGUGAAUUUGGUAUGGUUGCAAAACAAGAUUACCGAGUGGGGGUGCAUGCAAGCAUUGAUUGACUUUGAAGGUUGGAAAAGCAAGAACAACUGGAAUUCUGUUUAA